AUGAAUAAAAGAAGUAAAAUCAGUUCGGUGUGGUCCCACUUUACUAUCCUAAAUAACGAAUUAAAGUUAGCCGAAUGCGAUAUCUGCGCAAAAAAAUUAAGUUACCAUUCGACAAUCACGAAUCUAAAAAAGCAUUUAAGCAGAAAGCACCCGGCAAUCAAUUUGGAAGCACUCCAUAAAAAUGAAGAUGGCGUCGUCGUAUCUACGUCUACAUCGAGUAAUAACCACGUCGAGACUUCCCGUUUGCACGAAUUUAAUAAAUUUAGCAAUAGAAGGAAGCAAAGAUUUUCCUCAUCUCUAAUUCCGCAAAGGAAUUUUAUCGAUAAAAAAUUGUUGAAUUUAUUUAUAAUCGAUUUACAACCGUUUUCUAUUGUCGAAGGGAGGGGUUUUGCCCAGUUUAUCAAAGCAUUAGACCCAAAUUACGAAUUACCAAAGAAGAAAGUUAUAACUCAAACUAUAAUACCUACACUCUACAAGCAAUGUCUGCAUAAAGUUACAGAGAAAUUAAGUAUGGCGAAAGCAGUUUGCUUAACAUUUGACAGUUGGACAUCCGAGAACAAUGAGCCGUAUCUUUCAUUAACGGCCCAUUACAUAACGGAUGAAUUUCAGUUCCAAUCGAUGUUAUUAGGUUGCAUUCUACAAGAUGGAUCCUAUUUGGCAGAAGAGAUUCGAUCUAUUGUAGAGAAAUUUAAUUUAUCCGAUAAAAUUUUGAUCGUGGUAAGCGAAGAUGUGGCUAAUUUAAGAACUGUGGCGCAACAAUUGAAUUGGGAAUGGUUCUGUUGUUACGCCCAUACAUUAAAUUCAAUUUUGCAAAAUUCUCUACAACAUAUUGGGCCAUUAUUAAAGAAAAUUAGACAGAUUGUCGGUUACGUUAAAAGGAAUAUUAUAACAAUAUCCCAUUCUUCAACCUGUCAACAAGAAACUUCAGCUGGUGAGAAGCUAAUCCACGAUGAUGUCGGUAGGUGGAAUUCCACUUAUUACAUGGUGGAAAGAUUUGUGGAAUUAAGGGAAAUUGUGGCAACUUUGUUCAAUGAACAUGUGCCACUCCUUACAGAAGAGGAAUGGGGAAUAUGCAAACAGGUUCUUAAAAUAUUGAAACCUUUCGAAGAAGUUACGGUUCAACUCUGUCGAGAACAAUACGUAAUGGCAAGCCAAAUAAUUAUAUUUACAAAUGGUUUAAUCUCCGUAUGUACCGAAUUAAUGGAACAAAAUUUCGAUCGCACGGUUAAAAAUGUUCUCAAUAGUUUGUUGCACGAUCUUUCCACAAGAUUUUCAAGUUUAGAAAAUAAUAAAAAUAUUGCUUUGUGCUCUUUUCUGGAUCCUCGAUUUAAAUUGUUAGCUUUUAGUGACAGGAGUGCCACUGACGAAGUAAAAAAGACAGUAGUGGAAUUAGUUGCGGGAGAGACAAAUAAAGGAAAGACUGAUUUGAUACUAGAAGAGGAGGAACCAGAAAAUGGGGAUAAUGAAUUUUCUGUGUGGAAGAAUUUUGAUAUGCUGUCAUCUAAAGUGAAAUCAACAGGUAAAUAA